CAGUGAGUCUCGAUGCCACUUGAGAAUCCUUUAUUAAUGAGAGUUUCUGACCGAGCUGUGUCAGUCAAGUCAGCUUUGUGGGCGACAGCCGUUUAGACCGAAGUACAUCCGAAAGAAAGAACUUUCUUCCGCGAAUCGACGUAAUCGAUAGUCAGCUAAAGUUUCCUGCAUCGACGAGAAACUUGAAGAUGUUCCGUGCCGCUGUGUGCCUUUGCGCCUUCCUGGCGCUGGCCAACGCCGAUGUCCACAGGAUUUCGCUGCACAAGAUAGACAGCGUUAGGAAACAAUUUAAGGAGUACAACACUGACUUCUAUCAGACCAGAGUCACCCAAUUCGGAAGCGAACCUCAGCCAGAACCUCUGUCUAACUACCUCGAUGCUCAGUACUACGGUGUUAUUAGCAUUGGAACUCCCCCACAGGAGUUCAAAGUGAUCUUUGAUACUGGAUCUUCGAACCUGUGGGUUCCGUCUAAAAAAUGCCACUUGACCAACAUCGCUUGCAAGCUGCAUCACAAAUACGAUAGUACCAAGUCGUCUACGUACAAAAAGAACGGCACUGAUUUUUCGAUCAAGUAUGGCUCUGGAAGCUUGUCUGGCUAUCUGUCUACCGAUACCGUCGACGUCGCUGGACUGAAAGUAGCCGAUCAGACUUUCGCUGAAGCUAUGAACGAACCCGGACUGGCCUUCCUUGCCGCUAAAUUCGACGGUAUCAUGGGAAUGGCUUACUCUAGAAUCUCUGUCGACGGUGUUACACCCGUCUUCUACAACAUGGUCAAACAGGGUCUGGUACCCCAGCCUGUGUUCAGUUUCUACUUGAACAGGGACCCCGAUGCGGAGCUCGGUGGAGAAAUGCUCCUCGGUGGCUCCGAUCCGAACCAUUACGAAGGUGAAUUGACCUAUGUUCCGGUAGACAAGAAGGGAUACUGGCAAUUCAAAGUCGACAGCAUGAAAAUUGGUGACAACGUGCAAGUCUGCAAGAACGGAUGCGAAGCUAUCGCUGACACGGGAACUUCCUUGAUCGCUGGACCCGUCGACGAAGUCAAGGAGAUCAACGCCGCGAUCGGAGCUACCGAGGUCGUAGCUGGAGAAGCUAUGAUCGACUGCAAUUCCAUUCCCAACUUGCCCACAAUCAAUCUCGUGGUCGGUGGCAAAUCUUUCCCUCUCACGGGCGAAGAUUACGUCUUGAAGGUCAAACAGUUCGGAAAGACGAUGUGCCUGAGCGGAUUUAUGGGAAUGGACAUCCCUCCACCGAACGGUCCGCUAUGGAUUUUGGGAGACGUGUUUAUCGGUCGCUACUACACCGAGUUCGACAUGGGCAACAACCGUGUCGGUUUUGCCAAGGCUAAAUAAGCUAAAGCUAUUUCUUUACCCUUUGUUUUAAUCUAACGUUAUGUUUGUACGUCUUUUGUAAUUUUUUCGAUAAUAUUUUCCUUUCCUGUCAUUUGUUGAUGCAACGUGACUCAUACUACCUAGAUAAAACCGUGACCGUCAAGCCGUAACGAACAUAAAUGUAAAAAUAUGUAAAUUAGUUUCUUAUAAGAUACAUACUACGAAGACGAGCAAUACAUUUUUCGUGUUAUACACGUG